AAGAGGUGGAGGGAGGGAGGGCCGCACACACACUCUCUCACCCAUAAACACACACUUAUAUAUAUCAUGUCAAACAGCUCCACUUAACUCCAAAUGGAGCCUUUGGUUUUAUACAAACAAAAAAGUGAUAGUAAUUAGGCCUCUUUUUCAGGUAUUUGCGGCCCUCGGAGCGCAAAUAUGGACUCCGACAUUCAGGAGAUAAUAGAGGAAUUCAUGGGAAGUGCGCUGGCGCAGUGGGUUCAGCUGUUUGAAGAUAUGGUGGGGUACCAGAACAGCAUCCAGAUCUACAGCCAGUACAUGGAGGUGAACUCCGUUUCCCAGAAUGCUCGAGAGCGAUACACGAGGCUCACCAAUGGGAUUUUCCUCAACGAGGUCAUGAGGAUCAUAGACCCGAACCCCAAGGUGGAACGACUGUACGACAGCGAGAGAGAUGACCACAUGCUGAGAGUUCAGAACUUCUCCAUUUUGAAUCGACACCUCAGGGCUUUUUAUCAGGAAAACCUGCAGCAGUUGAUCCUCAUGCCUCUCCCAAACGUGGCCAUGUUGGGGCGGGACCCCUUAACAGAGGCAGCUGUGGAAGAGCUGAGGCGUCUGUUGCUGCUCCUACUGGGAUGUGCAGUGCAGUGUGAGCACAAGGAAACAUUCAUUCAGCAGAUCCAGUCUCUGGACAUUGAGAUUCAGGCAGCUAUUGCCAGCUGCAUUCAGCAGGUGACUCAGGAUCCUCGCAUGGUGCUGCCGCUUCAGUGGGAGGAGCUAGUGGAGGCUGAAGGUGCAGACCUACAGCUGGUCUUUAGCUCCAUGGCCAAACAAAUCCAAAGCCUGCUGGCACAGAGAGACACACACCUAGAGAGGAUUGCAGCAUUGUGCCGGGAACAAGAGGCUCUGGGUGAUUCUACGAUGACACCUCUGGGUGGUCUCGACGACGAGCUGUCCCAGAGCCUCACCCUCCAGCUGGCAGACAGCAAGGCCAAACUCCGCCGCCUAAAACAACAACUAGAGGACAAAGGUGAUCAGAUCCUAGAUUACAAGCAGGAGAUUCACACGAUGGAGGAUCAACUGAAGAAAAUUCAGAAAGAGAACCGCACUCUGCAGGCCGAGGUGAGGGGCAUGCGUGCUCUGAGGGACGAGCUGGACUGCGCUCGAGAGCGAGCUGCACGGACCGAACAGCUCCAGACGGAGCUUCAGACCUGUAAACACAGACUGCGAAGCCUCGAGCUCACGCGCACUCAGCUGAAGGAGCAGCAGCAGCUGUGUGCAGCACUGCAGGAGACAAAAACUCUUUUGGACGAACAGCUGGCAGACGCACGAGCACGAUGCUCUUCACAACGGGAGCUGGAGAAAGACAAUCUUCUGCUGCGUCAGAGGCUCAUGGACGUGGAAAUGGAGCGGGACACCGAGAGGCAGCGGGUUGAUGAGCUGCUGGAGAUGAACAUGACCCUCGAGGCGGACCUGAUGCACAGACGAACAUCCAAGAAGAGCGUCACUGCUCAGAUUGUCUCCAUUCACGAGCGUUUCCUCCAAUCAGAACUGGAUUCUGACGAGGAGCUCCAUGAACUGAUUGUUUUGGAUCAGAAGCCGUUGAGUGUUGAAGUGGGUGAAGCUUCAACACUGAGGCUUCUUGGAGCAGAGCAGGAGAAUGCGGAGCUGAGGAGGAGACUGGAAGAGUUUCAGGCUCAGCAGGAGGCCGAUUCUCCAGAUGCAAAAGAUGAGCUGGCCGGCCUGGAGCUGGAGCAUCAGCGCACACUCAGGGAGUUUCAAAACUUGAAGAAUGAAAACGCCACUUUAAAGCGGAACCUGGAGGAGCUGUUGAGGAAACUUCAACACCUCGAAGUCAAGAGAAAGGAGGGAGGUGUUGAGAAGCUAGUUAGAGAGGAAGAGGAGGAGAAGGUGGUGAGAGGAGUUCAGGGCUCAGAAACCUGCAGGGGAGAGGGUGAGGGAAGGGUGAGGGUGAUGGGGGAGAAGGAGAAAAGGGGACAAAUCAUUGGGGCACAUCGAGAAGCAGGAGUGGGCGAGGAGGGUCUCCACAUUCAACAGGGGAGAAGAGAACGGUGUGAUGAAAAGAUUGAGCCCAAAAGGAGAGGAGAAGCAGAAGGAGGGCUGGAAGAGCUGCUGAAGCAGGAGAAAGAAAAUGAAUUAAAGUUGGAAAAAGCUGCAACAUCACCUAUUUCUGAGCACCUACAGCCUCUCUUACAGGAUAAUUCAGAACACACACACCCAGCUGCGUGUUCCCCGUCUAAUCCUGAAGUGGAGCUUCUAACACAUCAGCUCCAGGAAGUCCAGGAGGAAGCUGACCAUCAGGCCAAGCUGACUCAAGAUCUGCACUCCAAGCUGGUGGAGCAAAGCAGGAAAACAUGGGAGGCUGAGCAGAAGCUGAUGCUGGUGGAGGCAGAGCUGCAGAGGAUGAAGAAAGCUGCAGAGAGUCUGUUGGAGGCUCGCAGGCAGAUCGAGGUUCUUCAGUCAGACAAUUUGGUGAUGGAGGAGGAGCUGUGCCGCCUGAGGAGCCAGGUGGAGCUCCACAGGAUGCAGACCACGGUCAUCGCCUCCCUGGAGGGGGAGCGUGCUGCUCUGGAGAGAGACAGGGACACGUUACGCAGCACGGUGGACGCCCUGCGCGCCGCCCAGCGCAAGAGCGACCAGUCGGAGCUGACUUCCCAGACUCUGAGAGCAGAGGUAGAACGUCAGGGGCGCAGUUUGGAGACGUCUCGCCGUCGGGAGGAGCAGCUGGAGGCCGAGCUCCGUGAGUCCACGCUGGAGGCUGAGGCUUUGGUCAGAGCGCGAGACCAGGCGUUGCUGGAGGCAUCGCGGCUGGAGCAGGAGAAAGAGAUGUGCCAAUCAGAGCUGGACGGCCAGAGAAAGGAGGGGCGGCAGAGAGAGAGGGAGACGGCGAGGCUCAGGCAACAGCUGGAGAGCACGAACUUGGCCUUGGAGCACAGCAACCAGAGAGCUUGUGCUCUGGAUGCUGAACACAGACGUGUGUGUCAGCGGCUCUCUGAGUCUAAGGAGCUCUGCACUCAGCUGCAGGACCAGGAGAAAGAGCUCAGCUCUCGAUUAAGCAGCAUGGAGGAGGUUAAACAGCAGCUGCAGAAGGAGCAUGCAGAGGCUCAGGCCACGAUUAGUUCACUGUCUCAGGAUCUAUCCAGCGAGCGGGCACGCACUCAGAGACUGGCCUCUGAGGUUGAGCUUCUGAACCAGAAACUACGAAGAUCCAACGACGCGCUCAAGGCGACAACAGAUUCUCUGGAGCAGUCGCAGGAGAAAGUAGAAACCCUCUCACAGCAGAUAAAGAAAAGCAAAUCUCUUCUCGGCUCAAAAUCAGAACUGUCGCCCACAAACGAGAUGUCGCAUCUGGCUGAAAGUCCUGAAGCUGGAAGAGAUCGAGGCUUUUGCCCGACCCGCCGUCACACCACAGGAGAGACGGAAAGGCAGCUGACUGAGAGAGUGAUGGAGCUGGAGAAAGAGAGAGCGGUAACAGUGGCAGGACAGGAGGCUUUGCUGAUGCGGCUGUCUCAGUCCCAGGAGACGUGUGAGCACCUAAAGGAGCAGCUGGAGGCUCUGCGUCGGCACUCCCUCAGCCUGCAGGACUCCUGCACCAAACUACAAACACUCAACACUCAGCUACAGUUAGAGCAGGCCUCUCUGAGCUCCCAGCAUGCAACGGUUCUGGCGCGCAGCAGCGAGAGUGAGGCCCGUUGUGCUGCCCUUGAGGCUGAGUCUAAGGUGUGGGCGCGGGAGCGUGAGGAGUCCGUGUCCAGGAUGGAGGCUCUGAGGCGCGAUCACGAGCGGAUGACGGCUCUGCAGCAGCAGCAGGAGGUGGAGCUGGAGGAACUGCUGGAGAAACACUCCCAGCUGAGGAGCAACUACCGCAGCCUGGAGGCUCAACAUAGGGAGCUGGAGGCGAGGUACAAAGAGCUCCUGGACAGUAAAACCCAGCUGGACGAAAGAGAGAAAGAGAUCAAGACGGAGAGACAGAAGAUGGAAGAAGAGGCCCAGAGCAGGAUAGAGAGAGAGCGAGAGCUGGAGAGGCUGAGGGAAGACAACGAGAGGCUGCAGGCCCAGCAGAAGGACUGGUUGGCCUCACAGGCGGAGCUGCUGGCUCAGGGUUCUGUGCUGAGGGCGGAGCUGAGUUCCUCCCAGCUGGAGCGGACCCGACUCGAGGGGGAGCUCAGCGACCUGAGGGAAACCAAUCAGAGUCUGGACCUCAGCAGUGCUCGACUCACCAGUCAGUACCAGCUUCUCACACAGCUAAAGGGGAACAUGGAGGAGGAGAACCGACACCUGGCUGAGCAGAACCAGAGCUUGCUGAAGGAGAACCGGGCCUUGCUGGAGCAGAGCUUGGAGCGCAGAGACCAGCACUACUCACAGCAGAGGGAGUAUCAGGAGAAACUGAGCGAACUCCGCCGAGAGAAGCAGAAGUUGGUGGAGAAGAUCAUGGAUCAGUACCGAGUCCUGGAGCCCAACAUGCAGCCUCCAGCCAGCAAGGCCAAAAAAUCUAACUGGAUUGCAGACAGAAUGAAGAAACUAAUCAAACCUCGGGGAGGAGUAGGAGGAGGAGGACGCGCCCUCUUCAUCGCCGUGGGCAGCGUGGAAAACCUAGCCGACAGCAAUGACUUUACAGCAGACACACACACACCAAAGCCUGACCCCAUCAGUGCUCCCGUCUCUCCAUCCUCUGUGAGAAAAGCUCUAUCUCAGCCAGAACCAGACGUCUCCGUCCCCAGUGUUCUGGCCACACGCUCCGGGUCCGGUGGGCGCCGUAAGCUGGGCUCCCGUCACGGCUGGGGGAUCGGUUUGUCCAGAGGAGGAUCGGGGGUUUCUCAGUCCUUCAGUCCCGGAGACCAUAAGACACCCCCCCGCCAGCUGCUGCGCUCGAGCCAGAACUCCUCCACCCUGUGGGAGGGAGCAGUAAUUAAGAGGAACUCCCAUCCGGGUGCUGAAGCUUCUAGUCAGGAGAGCAUCAAUGAGGAAGAAAGAAGAGACAGUCAGCCCUCGGUAGAGGACACCACAUCAGCUCAGGACAGAACCACGGACUCAUCUCAUCUAAACUAAAAACAAACGUUUGACAUGAAGAACUUCCUUCAAAUAGGUUUUAUUGACUUGUCUGAAUAUUUAAAACCUUUUAUCUAAUAUUUUUAAUAAACACAUUAUUGAAUUAA